CCGCGCUCCCCGCCCCAGCCCGGCCCGGCAGGUCGCCCCCAGGCCGCGCUCCAGCACCCCGGCCUCUGGGCCGGCCCCGUGCCCUCGGCGGGUAGCGCAGGGCGCGAGAGCAGUCGGGGCCGGGCAUGCCGGGAGCCCCCCUCACCCCCCGGGCAGCCGCCGCCGCCACCCUGUCUGCCGCCGGUGCGCGCCGCUGACGCGCGGAGAUGAAAUUCCCGGGCUCCGUGCUGGCGUCCGUGUUCCUGUUCGUGGCCGAGACGACGGCGGCGCUGUACCUGAGCAGCACCUACCGCUCGGGCGGGGACGGCAUGUGGCAGGCGCUGACGCUGCUUUUCUCGCUGCUGCCCUGCGCUCUCGUGCAGCUCACGCUCCUCUUCGUGCACCGCGACUUCAGCCGCGACCGCCCGCUCGUGCUGCUGCUGCACCUGCUGCAACUCGGGCCGCUCUUCAGGUGUUUUGAAGUCUUCUGCAUCUAUUGUCAAUCAGGCCACAUCGAAGAGCCAUAUGUCAGCAUCACUAAGAAGCGACAGAUGCCAAAAAAUGGCUUCUCAGAAGAAGUUGAGAAGGAGGUGGGCCAGGCCGAGGGCAAGCUCUUCACUCAUCGGUCUGCGUUCAGUCGCGCAUCGGUGAUCCAGGCCUUCCUGGGCUCAGCCCCCCAGCUGACUCUGCAGCUGUAUAUAAGCACCCUGCAGCAGGACGUCACUAUUGGAAGAUUUUUCCAGGUGGGAAGAUGUGUGGUUUCAGAGGUACCAAAGGAAGAUCCUACACCUUUGUCAGAUGAGACACAUGAAUCCAGGAAUCUAUUCCUUGAAGUUUGGCUGCUCAGAGGUCUCUUCAUGGUCCUAUCCCUGUUGUCCAUUGUGUACGGAGCCUUGCGCUGCAAUAUCCUAGCCAUCAAGAUCAAGUAUGAUGAAUACGAUGUCAAAGUGAAGCCUCUGGCCUAUGUGUGUAUCUUCCUCUGGAGGAGCUUCGAGAUUGCCACUCGAGUCAUUGUCCUGGUCCUCUUUACCUCCGUCCUGAAGGCCUGGGUGGUAAUAGUUGUACUCAUCAACUUCUUCAGCUUCUUCCUCUAUCCCUGGAUCCUCUUCUGGUGCAGUGGCUCCCCAUUCCCGGAGAACAUCGAGAAGGCCCUCAGUCGGGUGGGCACCACCAUUGUGCUGUGCUUCCUCACCUUACUCUAUGCCGGGAUCAAUAUGUUCUGCUGGUCAGCUGUGCAGCUGAAAAUCAACAACCCUGACCUCAUCAGCAAGUCCCAGAACUGGUACCGGCUCCUGGUGUACUACAUGCUGAGAUUCAUUGAGAACGCCUUCCUCCUCCUCAUGUGGUAUCUUUACAAGACCGACAUCUAUAUGUAUGUGUGUGCUCCUCUGUUGAUUCUGCAGUUGCUCAUUGGGUACUGCACAGCCAUCCUGUUCAUGCUGGUGUUCUAUCAGUUCUUCCACCCUUGCAAAAAGCUCUUUUCUUCCAGUGUUUCCGAAGGCUUUCAAGAGUGGCUAAAGUGUGUUUGCUGUGACUGUAGGCAGCAGAAAUCCCGUGAGUCUGUAGGCAAGACGGAUCUAAGGUCAACCGGAGACAGGGAUGAGACACCUUCUAGCAGUAAAAUAAGUUCUAUGCCCAGCCAGAUUUUGAAUACUGAUGAGCUCUGCUCUGCUUAAUAGGGCCUGAGUCUCUCGGGGUUCAGACAUAACUGUUUUCUGGGUUGAUCCUUGUUCUUUCUACAAGUGAUCGGCCCUGCGCAGUUAACAAGAGAGGGAAGUUAGCUCUCAACUCCUUGUGAGUUGCUCCCCUAUAGAGAGCUCUUGGGCAUGUGGGAACUAUGGAGAGAAGCCAAGGAAACCCCUGAGCGUUGGAGGGGCAGCCUAAGGUACCGCCAUUUGUAGUUGACCUUGUUCUCCCAGGCAUUACUGGCCUUCUCACUGACAAGGUCCCCAUGCUAUCUGAGUUGGGCUGGUUAGAUCCAUCAGGUAGAGUGAGGACAGGAGCUUUCUUGUUUUCUAGGUUUUUUUGAACUGCUGGUGUAGGUAGCCCCUUGUCUUAUUUUCCCUGAGCAUAGCUUUCAUCCAAGAGCUGUCCUCAUGACCACAGAAGGUUACUGGGGUUUUGUCAUCAGCAAUAUCAUUCCUGUCAGAGUUGUCAGAGAGGGCUGUUCAAGUUUGCUUUUUGAAUAUACAGAUGUUCCAUUUUCUCUCAUUAGGGCUCUUUGUACAUAACCAGCCAUAGCCACCUUGGCCUGCUAUCUCUGACUGAUUGAUUCAAAAGUCUAGACUUGGAGACGUUAUUCCCAGGGAUCCAUGGAUGCAAAAUUGAAUUCUGAAUCUGGCUAUAGAAGCGCUAGAAUGUUAAGAAAGUUGUAUUCCUUCAGUGUGUUCAAGAAAUUCUAGAUUAAGAAGGUUGUUAAAACAUCAGAAUGAUGUAGGCUUUUAUAAGCAGAAAUCUUACCUUCUCGGGAUGGUUGAAGAUAAAUGAAUCUGCUGGAAGGUAGGUUUAAAGCUCUUCAAGGUUCAGUCCCAUCCUACAAUUCUGGGAAAUUUCUAGUUGAAUUUGCUAGGAUUUGCCUUCUUAACGAAGAAGAAAAUAAAACCCAUAGCCUUCUCUUCCCCCUCUUCUUCCUUGCCUGUCAGAAAAGUUUUAGACAAGAGUUACACUGGUUAACUUAAGUUUUUCUAGAAAACUCCUUAGAAAUCUCUCACCAGGCGUGACUGUGUAGGGCAUUUUACUUUUUUUUUUAUUUGAAGGAAAAGGCUCUCCUCUCCCAAGUUAGAUAUUGACGUCAGAAACUUUUAAAUUAUACAAAGAGAUGAAAUGACCAGAGGAUUUUAGUCUUUAACUGAAUGUAUUUUGACUUGGCAUGAUUGUGAGUUUAUGGAAUGAUAUCUCCAGUUUUAUGCUCCUAUGCUCUCCUGUCUCCAGUGUAAUUUCUCCUUUAAUCUGGAACCGUAUUUGUUUCAUAAAAGGAUUGUGUAGCAUACUCUCAGUUGUCUCGGGAAAAUGCCUGGAUCUAGUGCCAUUGUGUCUGCCAUAAAAACCUUGAUAAUGAAAUACCUGGAAACAGGCGACCUGUCACUGACUAGGCUGGACAUUGCAGGGCAGUCAGGGUUGAUGGUCUAAGGACCCCUAAUGGCUGGACUUUCUGACCCACCCAGCUUCUAAUAGGCAGUCUGUCAGGAGACAGGUUACACAUGGUGAGUUUGAGCAGGAAUCGUGGUCUGAAUUAAACAGGGAUGGAGGGACGGAUACAUCCAACCUUGGCUUGGAAGCCUGUCUCAAGAACCGUUACAAAAUCGGAGCCUUCAAAUGCAUUUUAAAAUCAUUUCAAUGUAGAAGAUAGCUAAGCAUCUUAAAUGACCCCAGACCAGACUAACAGUGAUGGUCUGUCAGGCUCCCAUAACCCAAUUAUAAGGCACAUUUAUAAGGACAAAGAGGUUUGCUAACUAAAUUGGACAUUUUGUCAUCUUUAACCCUUGCUAGACAGAUAGCCCUGCUCUGGGGCUAUGUGUGUCCAUUCACUUUGAGGGAGAGAAACCACUGGUGUUUUUCUGUAUGGUAAAAAUUUAAGUCAUAGUGAACUGAGAAUUUUUGUUUUAAAAUUAUUUAUAUUAUACCUCUGAAAUGAUAAAGUGAUAGUUCAGACUGCAGAGCUAGGUUGCCCUAAAGACAAACAAGCAAGUUCCCUCAUGUGUUGAGAGUUAAAAUGUUUCUCAUUAUAAUUCCAAUUUUUAAAACUCUCAGAGCUUUGUCUAAUUAAUUGCAUGCCAUAACUUGUCAUGACAACUGCUCGAACUGAAUCGUGGUCAUUUAGCUGAACGGAGGUGAAGUAUUUCAUCAAAAUAUAUUGAAAUAAGAUCAUCAAACACAUUUAGGCUUUGUCUCUUCAUUCCUAGAGACAGCACAGUGUAGAGAUUGGCACCUCCCCGUGUAGCCCCACAAGUUAGUUAAUUGUUGUAUGCCUCAGUUUCUUCACCCACCAAAUUUGGAUGAUAUACUUGCCCAGCCUACCUCACAAGGUUGUUGGUUGAAAGAUCAAGGUAAAUAAUAGAUGUGCAAAUGCUGUGAAAAUAUUUUAAAGUGCCAUGCAUAUUUAAGGAGUUGUUAGUAUAGUUAUUCAAGUCCAGAAACAGGUUGUUACUAUGUUUUUACUGUUAGAAAAGAAACAAGCAGUGUCAUCCACAUGAGUGUGUUCAGUGAAUACGUUGGGCAUGUGUAAAUGGUCUUUAUUCUUGGAGAGAACUCAGCACUUGCCCUUUCUCUUGCCGUUAGUUGCUUACAGAUAUUAGCACCCAAACACAUGGUACUUGGAGGAAGAAAACCCACUGGCAUCUGAGAAAUUGCUUUUGGUGAUCAUGAGUUGAUCAUUUUUGUAUCUUGCAUCUUUCAUUCAGGACACAGUAGCUAGUGUCUUUUGACAGUUGUGCUUUACAAGUUGAAUGCCUGAUCCUGGUACACUUUAACUGAAUGUGGGUUUAAUCUUUUCAGCCUUGUAAAUGGGAAAAUAAAUACUAAAAGUGUCAAAUACAGCAUUUCCUUGGAAACCACCUUAGAACAUUAGUGCUGUGGUUAUGAGUGUGAUGUGUCAGUACUUCUCAGUCAAUAAACUGUGGAUGUGAGCUUUUGCAGGCUGCUUCUAUGCAGCCAUUGACUCUAAUAAAUACUGUUUAUGUUUCUUCAUAUAAUAAAUUAAUUUUUCA